AUGUCAGUGGUGAUUCUCUGCAGUGCCCGAGCGUUUAGUCGGAUUCGGCGCUAUUCGGCUCAGCUCGAAAACAACAUCCCAGCAGAGCUUUGGUUUUAAACGGCCAGCUAAAGCGUAUUUUAACAGAUUACUCUUCGGAACGUUUAAGGCCAAUUUCAUUUAACCUCUGCGACAUGUAGCAAGUUUUGUUUUACUUUAUUUUAAAGUCUUUAACGUCAAACAUUUGUCUUCUAGUAUCCACCAAUGUAUUCUCCAUCAUUGCCGGGAUAGUCUUUUUUUUUUUUUUUUUUAAAUCGCUACGGCAGUAUUUGGAGGUUUUUGCAAUUCUGGAGGCGCUACUUCUCCAACAGUAGGACAUUUAAAAUAAUAUAUAAUUUUCCGAAAUCUGGAAAUCUGCCGGGGUCAGGAAGAGCUUCGGGAAUUUUUCAGCUGGGAGACUGGGAUAAUAUGUCCAGGCGCAAACAGACCAACCCUUUCAAAGUUAAUUGGCCGUUUCCGCCGGGAGAAUUGUCAGGCACUGAGCACAAUAUAGUUAUGGAUAACAGGCAAAAUUUCACAGAGGAUAGUGAGGGGCACAGCAGCAAUUCAAAUGAAGUUGAAGAGCAGGACAGUAUUACAGGGUCAUUUCCUUCAACGGAGCUUGCUGGCACUGAACAUAGCAUAAUGAUGGCAAACAGGGCAAAUUUCACAGAAGAUAGUGAGAGUCACAGCAACAAUUCUCAUGAAGCUGAAGAACAAGAUAUUGCAGAUGAUAGUGAAAGUGAUAUCCCAGGAGAAGACACCUCAUCAGAUACCUCUGUUGAUGAUGCCUUAAUGUCUCCAAAGACUAUCCAGUCAACUGCUGAUGAUGGAUACGUGAAACAGGAGAUUGAUGAUGGAGACCAACUGAAUGCUGGGUACUUCUGCCCAUUAUGCCAUGUUGAAUGUGGCAGCCCAGAACAGCUAAUUGCACAUGUAUAUAAGCACACAUCAGUGGUGGGUACUAGGAAGAGCUACGUGUGCCCAGUGUGUGGCCGAGCUCUGAGUUCACCAGGUUCUCUUGGACGGCAUCUCCUUAUUCAUUCAGAGGAUCGUCUUUCAAAUUGUGCUGUCUGUGGUGCACGCUUUACAGUCCGGUGUACAUUCAGCAGAAUUCUGGGGAGUCGUGGACAGCUCCAGUCAGCGGCUUUAUCUAUAUCACAGACGUUUCCUGUUGAUUUAAAUUUAUGCCCUAACCAGACUCCUCCUAUACCACAGCUUUCUGAUGUCCUAAAUUCACCAACAUCCUCACUUUACUGUUUAUCUGAUGUUUUGAACCCAACUCCAGUGUAUCCUGCUGGAAUUCUACUAGUUUGUAACAGAUGUGUGGUGUACCAACAGUUAGUUGACGCUCAGUCACCAUCAAUGAGGAAGUGGGCAAUUCGAAGGCAAAAUGAACCCCUUGAGGCACGAAUGCAGAGACUAGAAAGAGAACGCAUGGCAAAGAAAUCAAAACGAGCUAGUGAAUCUCCAGCAGAACGUGAGCAGCGCAGAAUGAGAGACAGGGAAGCUAAACGCAUGCAACGGAUGCAAGAAACAGAAGAACAGAGGGCACGAAGGCUACAGCGAGAUCGUGAAGCUAUGAGGUUAAAACGAGCCAAUGAGACACCAGAGAAAAGACAGGCUCGGCUCAUCCGGGAGAGGGAGGCCAAAAGGCUGAAAAGAAGGUUGGAAAAAAUCGACCCAACUUUAAGGACACAAAUAGAACAUGAUCCAGCAGGUGCAGCACUCACUGCAGAUAUGAACCUUUUCCAAUUCUAUGCCAUGCCCAAUCUAGAAAAUGGUCUUUUCAUGAAACUGCCCUUACAGGAAUAAAAUGUAGUUUGCAGAAUAUACCAGCCCUCCAACUACCAAUACUGUCAGCACUGAUUCUUAAAAUCAAGAAGGGGACUGUAAUUAUGCUUAAAACCAUAUGCAACAACAAAUGAUUUGGCCUAGAAAAGAACAGGCUUUUAAAAGAUAUUUGUGCUUUACAUUACUUCCUCUGAAGCUGUUUUGGUCUCUCUCCCGGUGAAUAUUAGUGCUUCUUGAUGAGAUCAGCUUCAAUUUGAACUGAACAAUGGUGGGUGUUAAUGUUACAUUUCUAAGUGAUCUUAAUUUGCUGACUAUGAAUGAAUACAUUUGUAUAAAUGCUGAGCAAUCUUUUUACAUGACUUCUAGAGGUUACUGUAGCAGAAUUAUUUGAAACUUUGCCUAACUAGACAUUUGUCAUUUUGGUAGUCAAAAAUGAUUAUCAAUGACACAAGUCAGAAGUUAUGGAACACAAAAAAUGACACUCUCCAGCAUAUAUAGUUAAUUUAUUCAUUAGAAAUAAGCUUUUUAUUUAUCUCUGGCCGUAUUGUGCCACAAUUGGAAUAGUUGGUGCUUUAGUGUUCCGUUAGAAUACAUAUUUGAUCAAAAUCUUUAAGCCAUGCAACUGGAGAAAAUUAAGUUUGUUUUUUUUUGUUUUGUUUUUUCUUUAUUUUAUUAGGCAGAUCCAUUCUGAUGUGUAUCAUGGAAUUCCAUUGAUGCUAAUACUCGAAUGCAGAUGCAAAACACUAAUGAUAGACUUAACAUGUUACAUACAGUAUAAUGAUGGAAAGGGUUAUUUCUGUUUUUAGUACGUUUAAGACCGAAAUAGGUGUGGCAUGUAUGUCAUCAAUAAAUGUUUUGCUUGAUGAUAAAAGUUUGGUGUAAAUUGCACACAGUCAACUAAAUUUAUUCUAUUUAUUUCAUAUAUUGUACCCUAUCAACAACUGUGUAAUUUUGCAUGCCAGUGGACUUUAUUAUAUGGAAUUACAAGGGUUGAUGUUAAAUGUUUACUGAUAAAAGGUUAACUCUUGGAAUAUCCUUACACUUUAUAGAUUUACAAAUUGGAAAGAACAAUGCAAAAUUGUUUAAAUCAGUUUGAAAGUACUUUGAAGUUACAGGGCUGAAUGUCUACUGAGAGCAUAUGUUUUUUAUCUGAACGAGUGAUCGUCAAGUGAGUCUUAACAUCUUUGAGCUCUUAGAGGAUGUUAUAUGGCUAUUUAUUCAAGUCCUCCUUGUUUUAAUUACUCUAUUUAGUGAUGCAAAAUUGAACAUUUUUUAAUUAAACUAAGAAAAAAUGAGUGUGAUUAAGGAAAGACUUAAAUUAAAAGCAGGGACUGACUUCUGACUAAAAUAUUUGUUGAAAUGUAAAUCAGAAAACACUGCUUCCUUUUAAGAACUUAGUCUACCACUUAGGAUUAUUUGUCAGAUAUUUUUAAGAUCCACGUUUGCAACAAUGCUAAGUUUCACCUGCUUCUCCCUUAUACUGUUUAGUGCAAACAGUGUGUAUUCUUAAGCAGAGUGUCUUGGUGUAAAGUAUACAGUAAAUCAUUUACACACUAGUAUAGGUUUAUUAAGAUGGUAAAUAAAUACUAUUGAAUUGU